AAACAGCACACCAUUCGCCGCCACCGCCACCUCCUCCCUGUCCUGCAGCGGCACGUCCCGCCACCACCUCCUUCCUCGACGGGUCCCGUAGUGACGCCCAUCACGUCCCGCAGAUGCCGUCCCCAAUCCCCACCGCGUUCCUCAAUCCCCAUCCCCAACCAAAAUCUUCCCCAUCUCCCCCGGCCAGUUCUCCUCCCGUCCGCGUCCGCGUCCCCUUCCCCACCCCCGCUCCCAGAUCGCGCCGCGCGCCGCCCCUGACCGCCGUCGGAACCCCACCCCGCCGGUGACGAGGCCAGACCCCCAAGGGCCCAGCCAAGAUGGUGCUCGCGCAGCUGGGCAGGAGCAUCUCCCGCGCGCUUGCGCAGAUGGGCAAUGCCACGGUGAUCGACGAGAAGGUGCUCGGGGAGUGCCUCAACGAGAUCUCCCCCGCGCUCCUGCAGUCUGACGUCCGGAAGAUCGUCAACCUCGAGACCCUCGCCGCCGGCACCAACAAGCGGCGCAUCAUACAGCAGGCCAUCUUCACGGAGCUCUGCAACAUGCUAGAUCCAGGGAAGCCGGUCUUCACCCCCAAGAAGGGCAAGCCCAAUGUCGUCAUGUUCGUCGGAUUGCAGGGCCAGUCUGACUCACCAACCAACCUCGCCUUCUUGCUCUGUUUAUUGUUCUACACCUAUUACUGAAUGUAUAUAUGUACCACUCUGUGUGUAGCAUUUUUCUAACUGUACAAUAGCACUCACUCCUCUACUGUCACAUAAUAGAUUAGCCUUGAAUUCAUCUAGUUUGGAUCAAAAUAGAACCAUUGAUUAAUACUAGAUGAUUGUUACUGUAAAUUUGGUUAUAGAUUUCUUUGAACUAGUUUGAUUC